AAGCCCCAUCUGUCCACCAUACUUUUACAUUUCAUUCAAAUCUCUACAGAAUACGGCAGAAGGUUUAGGAUAUGACUGUGAUUCUGUUAUUUACUCCUUUGAGACUGUUUAAAUAUUCAUGUUCAACACUACAACUGAUACCUCGAAGAUAAAUAAUUGCAUAAUUUCCAAAAUACGGCAUAGUGCAAUAGUCCAGCAGAGAGCGCAGAUUGCGUAACGUGAACUGUGAAGUGCAUUGUUUACAGAAGAAGCAAUAUUUAGAACAACUCAUUGGUUAUUUGAGAAGUGAAAGGAAGGUUGAAAGAUGGUUGCUCGACAGAAUUGGAGUAAGAAUGUGGAGUUUUUGCUGGCGGCCAUUGGGUAUUGUGUGGGACUGGGAAAUGUAUGGAGAUUUCCCUAUCUCUGUUACAACAGUGGUGGGGGGGCUUUCUUAAUCCCGUUUUUCCUGAUGUUGAUCCUUUGUGCUAUCCCUUUGCUCUACAUGGAGUUAGCUGUUGGACAGUACACACAGAAUGGGCCAGUGGGGGCCCUGGCCAAAAUGUGUCCACUCUUUAAAGGUGCUGGAUUAGCCACCGUUGUGAUUUCAUUCCUCUUCACCACAUACUACAAUGUCAUCAUUGCCUGGGCCUUCUACUACCUAUUCAGCUGUUUCCAGGCGGUGCUACCGUGGGUUGGAUGUGACCAUGACUGGAAUUCUCCCAACUGCUGGGAUGGCACCGCCAAGCAGAACUUUACCAAUGGAACCACCAAUGCCUCCUAUGUGGGGACAGCCCUUAAACCAAAUGGGAGCAUAUCACCCACAGAGGAUUUCUAUCAGACCUAUAUACUAGAAAAAACAAAAGGCAUUGACGAGGUUGGAGAACUGAAAUGGGAGCUGGCCUUGAUCCUGCUGCUGUGUUGGGUGGCUGUUUAUUUCUGUAUAUGGAAAGGUCCUAAAUCAACGGGAAAGGUUGUGUAUUUCACCGCUACAUUUCCUUACUUUGUCCUCAUUACAUUGCUGGUAAGGGGAGUAACUCUACCAGGAUCUUUAAAAGGGAUUCUAUUCUUCAUCAAACCUAAAUGGGAGCUCCUUUUGGAUCCAAAGGUUUGGGUGAAUGCAGCAGCCCAGAACUUCAAUUCAAUAGGCAUAGCAUUCGGUGGCAUCAUUACUAUGUCCAGUUAUAACAAAUUCCACAAUAGAAUCAUAAAGGAUGUGCUUGUUAUUGCUGUGGUGGAUGCUAUCACCUGUCUCCUAGCCGGAUUCGCCAUCUUCUCCAUUCUCGGAUAUCUGGCAGAAAACCAGGGUAAAGAAGUGGGUGAUGUUAUACAACAAGGCCCCGGUCUAGUUUUUGUUAUUUACCCAGAAGCCUUUACAACGAUGCCUGUGCCUCAGCUGUUUGCAGCAGUAUUUUUUGUUAUGUUGAUUACACUAGGACUUGAUAGUCAAUUUGCAUCCACAGAAGUGAUAGUUACCACAAUAAAUGAUCAUUUUCCUCAUCAAGUCAAGAAGUACCUGAAGAGAAAGGAGGUGUUAGUGGCAGUAGUCUGUGCUUUCUCCUUUCUAUGCGGAUUGCCAAAUGUUACUCAGGGAGGCUAUUACUUUUUUUCACUGAUUGAUCAUUAUGCAGCAGCGGUGUCACUCAUGUACCUGGCAUUCUUUGAAGUCAUUGCCAUCACCUGGUUCUAUGGGCUAAAAAAUAAAAAUCAGAACAUUUCAAGAAUGCCCUGUUCACACGCUCACGAAGUAAACUAAAAAUAAUGCAUAUUCUUUGUUGUUUGCUGGUACUUUAUCUCACCAGUGUUCAUUUUUGGUAUAUGGUUGUUCAGUAUGAUUAGCUACCGUCCCUUCCACCUGGGUGGCUACCAGUACCCGGUCUGGGCUACAGUACUGGGCUGGUUCAUAGCCACCUUGUCUGUGUUGUGUGUUCCCAUAGGAAUGGUUCACUCUAUAUAUCAGGCCAAGGGUAGCAACUUAUGGCAGAAAUUGAAAAACUCUAUUGUGUCACCAUUAGAAGAACAUACAGAUGCCUCAUAUCCAAGUCUAUGUAAUGGGGACAUGGUUCUCGAGGUUAAAUCGGACAAAAAGGAACCUCUUAAUCAUUAUUGAUAUUAAUCUGAAAAAUUAGGAUAAUUGUAAGAAUUAGAUAUAUUAAUAUCUGUUGUACUGAAGCAUAAUUUUUUUUUACCAAUUUUUGCCAAUUUUUUUUUUUUACCGUUUUAGUAUGUACACAUUUCAAAUAGGACACUGAAAAAAUCUGUAUUUAUUUGCACAAAUGAUCAAGGCUUUUAAAGCAAUUUUAUGGAAAUAUGAAUAUCAGGUUGAACCAUGCAAUUAAAAUGAUCAUAUCUGUGUAAUAAGAAAAAAAAGUUGCAUAUCUCAUAGUUUGUGCAAGUUAAAUUGGGGGCACCUGUUAUGGUCCCUGAUUGGUGACUCAAAAACAGUGCUGUGCUGUAAACCAACUUUUAUUCACAUCACCGUUAUUUUGCGAUUUACAUGGGGACGGGGGUAAAUAAUUUAGUGAUGCUUAAUUUGUGCAAUCAAGCCUAUUUUGAAUCCAUUGUCUUUUAGGACCAAACUGUGGCCGGAAAUAUUCGCAAUAAGGAUCCCACGAACCUCACAAAAAUUCUCGCACGCUAAUAAAAGUUGGUUUUCAGUAUUUAGAAUAGAAUUCAUUUUAUUGUAUUCAGACGAGUGUAUGUAAUGUAUUCCAUUGAAUGUACUGAAGAAACAGGAGGAUGUUUGAUUUUGACUAUAGACAUAAUCAGGUACUAAAUUAAUAUACUUUUCAUGAUUUUUUUUCAUGAUUUUACCAUGUAUUUUUCAAUAUAAAACUAUUGCAUUGUUGAAUUUUUUUAUUAAGAACAAUGUUUUUUUUUUUUAGAUUUUAAGCAGUUAUAGUAUAUGUUUUUGUAUUUUGUUUCAUGAAAAUCCCAUACAAAAGUUGUAUGGUGACUGUUAAUCUUUAGAACUUUAUUUUUGGUUUAAAUCAUUUGUGUAUAGACACACAAAGAAUAUAACAAUAUGUUGAUGACAUUCAUCAUGUGACCAUGCACUAGGAAAAAUGUUUGGAAAAACAUUAUGAUAUACUAUUUUUAUUUGAUUUUUUAAACAAAAGUAUUUAUAAUUUUUAUAGUUUUUGUUUGAAUGAAAAAGGACUUGUGUACAGGCAUGAAUAAGCAGAAAUAUUAUGUAUUGAACUACAAUGUAAAACAUUUAUAUAUGACCAGACUGACAUUCCAUUGGUCUUUUGGGUAUUUGACCUUCUCCAAUGCUGGGGUGAAGGUACUCAAUCAGCCCCAGUCCUAGGAUGACUUUUUCACUACAGUUGUAUUUAUCUAUUAUAUAAUUUAGUUGUAGAUUCUGAUAAAGAAGCUGGUCUUGUAUUAUUUAAAAAAAAAAACAUUUUAUAUUAGAAUUUUAUUGAAGCAUGUACAGGUACAUGGGGUACUGCAUGUAUUUGAUUUUUUUUUUAACAACUCCUUUUACAAUGUUGUGUCUAUUAUGAAAACAAAGA